UGGCUAAGAGCGGGAUAAACAGGCAAGGACGGCGGAAAAAAUACCAACUCUCCAUCACCCAUUAGUCUCGAAUGAAUCACCGUGCGCUCUCCGGGACCGGGAGAUUUGUAGCUGCCGCAGUGGUUUGUUCCAGCGGGCAUUUGCUGCUUUCCACCCGGACGCGUACGCAGUGCUGGAUUGUGCAGUUGAAGUGAACGAGGUCAGACCAACACUCUGUUCAAAUAAAACCUUGAGACCCUGGCAUGUUGUUUUAGAAGGUUCUACAAAAAUACCCUUGAAUACCCGGACACUUGAGAACCAAGGAGCACCUUUCAGAUCGCUGCAGGCACUAAGGACGCAAUAUGAAAAUCUGGUCAUGAGCCGGUGUCUAAUGAGAUAUGCAGUAUUCGGAAGACAUAAGCACUUCCUGCCCUGUGGGAGACUAUGUGUGGGAUUACUCAGAUACGCAAUCUGAAAAGCUAUUGCACACAAGCAAGACUCUGGUCAUAACUGAAGCUCACUUUCCAGUGUGAUAAGAAACCAAGCGUACUCGGAAAAAGAGAACAAUAAGCCGCUCUCCCAAGUUCACUGAACCUAAACAAAGGUCCAUGUCAUUUCCACAUUACAUCCAAUUAUAAUUCUAGCUUUGUCCAAUUUUUAUGUGGAAUACAGUAUAGGUCAGAUACAGAAAAGCACCUCGUGGAACCAUGACUCAAGCACAGAUGACGUCUGGAUCCAGUGGACAUGGGGGUGGUAUGGUGACCAGUGCCUUAUUUUGCUGGGCUAUGGCCCUUGUGUUUCUCUCACUGACAAGCGUGCCUGUUGUUCAGGGCGAUUGCUGGCUGAUCGAGGGCGAAAAGGGAUUUGUAUGGUUAGCGAUCUGCAGCCAAAACCAGCCCCCAUUCGAAAAUAUUCCAUUGCACAUCAACAGCACAAUCGUUGACUUAAGACUCAACGAGAACAAGAUUCGAAGCAUCCACUUUUCUUCACUGAGUCGCUUUGGCAAUCUCACCUACCUUAAUUUGACUAAGAACGACAUCUCUUACAUAGAAGAUGGGGCAUUCUCUGCUCAAUUUAAUCUGCAAGUGUUACAGAUUGGUUUUAACAAGAUGAGGAACUUAACCGAGGGAAUGCUGAGAGGCCUGGGACGCUUACAGUACCUCUAUUUACAAGCUAACCUGAUAGAGACUGUAACGGCCAACGCCUUUUGGGAGUGUCCUGCUAUUGAAAACAUUGACCUCUCUAUGAACAGGAUUCAGCAACUUGAUGGUGCUACAUUUCGUGGUCUGUCAAAGUUGACAACAUGUGAGCUCUAUGCAAACCCAUUUAGCUGCUCAUGUGAACUACUGGGAUUUCUGCGCUGGCUUGCAGCGUUUCCAAAUCGGACGAGCGAGAGGAUGGUAUGUGACACGCCGGCUGGAUAUUCAGGCUUCAAUCUUUUGAACCCCAGGAUGCCUAGAUUUCAGAAUGCAUUCCAUAAACUUUUGUCCGUUUGCAACGAUGACAAUUUGACACCUUAUCCUUACAGCUCUUCAGAUGGGAGCACCCCCACGAUGUUCCCUGAUUCAAGCCCUUGUGGAUUGGACGACUGCUCUUCAGGGACCAUUCCAGAGGAAACUAUAAGCAUCAGCCCCACAUUUUUUGAUCCAGAUGCCCGUCCUAUAAUGAAACUAAAAGAAGUGACUCACACAAGUGCAAUCAUCAAGGUGCAGAUUCCCCAUCCGUUUCGCAAAAUGUACAUACUCGUCCUGUACAAUAACAGCUUCUUCACAGACAUCCAAAACCUAAAGAGUCAGACAGAAGAGAUUGAGUUGCAAAACUUAAAAUCUCACACUAACUACACAUACUGUGUUGCAUCCAUACGUAACUCGCUGAGAUUCAAUCACACCUGUCUGACCAUCUCCACUGGUCCAAGAACUUUGCAAGAACGAGGGGCAAGUGAAUCGACUGCUACUCACUACAUUAUGACCAUACUUGGUUGCCUCUUUGGAAUGCUCAUAGUCUUGGGCCUGGCCUUUUACUGUGUGAGAAAGCGCAAGCAGCAAGAUGAACCUAAAAGCAAAAAGCUUGAAAAGAUGAAAAGAAAUUUGAUUGAGAUGAAAUAUGGGACUGAGCUGGAACAAGGCACCAUAUCACAGCUGUCACAAAAGCAAAUUAUGUCCACUGGUGAAACAGUGCAAAGGAUCCCAUACUUGCCAACCGCUAGUGAUGCAGAUCAAUACAAGAUGCAAGAGAUCUCUGGCACGCCCAAGACAGCAAAAGGGAAUUACAUGGAAGUAAGAUCAGAGCAACCAGACCGCAGCGCUAGAGAAUGCAGUGUUGCUCCUUCGGAGUCUAGCCAGGGAUCUGUCGCAGAGAUAUCCACCAUAGCGAAAGAAGUGGACAAAGUAAACCAAAUCAUCAACAACUGCAUUGACGCACUCAAAUCAGAUUCAACAUCAUUCCAGGCUGCAAAAUCUGGUGCCGUGUCGACAGCAGAGCCGCAGUUAGUCCUCAUAUCAGAACACCCACCUGGCAAGUCUGAUUUUCUUUCUCCAGUGUACAAAGGUGGGUACCAUCAUCCCAUACAGCGUCAUCACAGUAUGGAAGCUCCACAAAAGCGUCCGAGCACAUCGUCAAGUGGUUCACAGCGCAGCCCCCGCUCUUUCCGUUCCGAAGGGACAUACAGGACUGAGUCCAAGUAUAUUGAGAAGUCCUCCCCACUGGACGAGUCAGGUAUCAUAACGGUCACUCCAGCCGCGGCAAUCCUUAGAGCAGAAGCGGAGCGAAUUCGGCAGUACAGCGAGCACAGGCACUCUUACCCGGGACCCCACCAUAUGGAGGAGUCAAUAGAGGAGUCAGGGAGCCGGAAGUCUUCUAUUUUGGAGCCCCUAACGCGCUCAAGGCCUCGCGAGUUGUCUUAUUCUCAGCUCUCACCGCAGUACCAUAACAUGAGCGGCUAUUCCAGCCCAGAGUACAGCUGCAGGCCAUCGCUUAACCUGUGGGAACGUUUUAAACUCCACCGCAAGCGCCAUAGGGAUGAGGAUGAGUAUAUAGCAGCAGGUCACGCGUUAAGGAGGAAAGUACAGUUCGCCAAAGAUGAGGACCUACAUGACAUUCUGGACUACUGGAAGGGAGUGUCCGCUCAACAGAAAUCAUGAUUGCUGUUUUUAUAGCGAAUCCAAUUGAAAUAUCUCUGGACCAAACCAGAAAGUAUUAAAGAGAAGUCAGCACUCACUUUUAGAGGAAUAGCUUAGAAGUAUUGCUGAAUAGCUUUUUUUGAAUCAUUCUGUUUGAGAAUGACAACAAAAUACAAGAUACAGUAGAUCUCGCAGUGAGUGUAUGUGCCAAGUGGUAAGAAUAGAAAACGUUUAACAGUAUUAACCUCAACUCGACAUUUGAUUUUUAUAUACUGGAAAUAACAAUAAACUACUAUUAUGUAAUCAUUCUCAUCAUCAUCAUUGAUCAGUAGUAUUACUGUUAAGAUUGAUGGAUUCUUCUUCUUAUUACAAUGAAUCUUUGGUUAUCGCAUGGCCGUGUCCUGUGACAGUAUAUUGACUGUUGUGUACUUGGAGAAAAGAACAUACAAUUCAAAAUGUCUGCCGAACACUGUUCUCCACAACCUUAGAUUUUAUAAAGACUUUGAAAGCUUUUUCUUUAGUGACUGUUCAAAGAACAACUGCUGAAGCACAGUCUACUGGAUUUUAAAACAAUGACUUUUUGGGGGGAGGGGGAAAAGCUUCUGUUAAUGCUUUCUUCACUCUUUUUUGUAAAGUUUACAUUUUCAAAGAUACAAUGAAUGUUUCAAGUCCUUAAAACUCAAACCUGCAACAUGUGGUUGAAACCCGACACACUUUUUGUGCAGGUUUUGUAGAACCGGCUAUUGUUUUAUUUCAUCAACAAUCUUCAAUCUUAAAUUGCGGUACUGAGACCCCAACAAACUCUGUCACAUGUCAUGCAUAAUAGAGAAUGUAAUCUGUGUUUAAUUUAUUUUUCUCUGACAUCGGUUUAUAGUCAGUUUAAAUCCAAUUCUAUUCUUGUUUGCUUGACUUGUUUAGGUGUCAGUCUAUCAAAUGUUUUGCUACUACAUGCCAAUUCUAAACCACUGUGAACUUCAAGCUAAAUCAAUCCUGCAGCUUGUUUUUAACUGAUAGAAAUUCAACAGAUGUUCUCCUAAUAGCACUAUUUUUCCUAAUCGCCAUUAAUGCUGAUCGACAAUUUAGGUUUCCACUGAUUCGAGCAAUAGAAUUGGCUUCAAAAUUUUGAGGGAACAGUAUCAUUUAAGACCAGUACUGUGAAACCAGUUCUUACAAAUGUUAUCUGAAUCAAAAUGCUUGACAGGUAAAAGGUGUCAGUCAAAUAUUAAAGGAACAGUUCACUCUUAUUGAAAAUUUAUGUUGUCAUUUAUUAACCCAGAUAACUUCCAAUGUAAUGACAAAUUGUAUUCACGUUGAUCUGUGGAUCCAGAAGACUUUGAAUAAAACACACAAUGAAAUGUCUUUGGUGUUUUCAUGUCCAUAUUGCUUGAUAUUUGCGAAAAAAUCGACCAUACGCCCUUUUCACAAUGACGUUACUUAACUUCUGCCUAUUCGUAAAGCAGUGUGUCACAUUGAUCUUGUUGUAAGCGAAAAUUUGUCCGCAUGAAGUUGUACAUCAUCUAGCCGUAUUUGUGGCAGCUGUGCAAGGGAUUUGGUAAACUCCAUUCUGAGGCGCUAGCGGAAGUAACGCUACACUGCUUCGAAGCAGAAUGGAAGAUGCGUGACGUCAUGUGAAAAUGCCUAUUUGGAAUAAUGUGACAAUGACAAAAAGUUCAUUUUUGGGUGUACUGUUCCUUUAAGACAUAUAGUGUACACAGUUUUGCUUUCAAACACCAUGCACUCAUGUACAACAUACCUAUGUUAAGAAUGCUGUCAAGUCAUGAUUUGCAUCUAAUACAUAAUAUACUAAAGUGAUAUUUUGUAUCUAGAUAUUUAGUUCAUCCAACUUGUUUUUAAUGCUUAUCAAUGAAAAUAUAUUGAAUCUUUGUUCUGAAAAGUGUCUGUACUGCAACCCAGUCUUGAACAUGGGGUUAUUUUUGUAACUCUUUGCCAACAUGAAAGUGUUUCUUUACAUUCAGAAUUAGGUUUCAAACAUUCACUGAAGCAAUCUGGCAAUUCCUGAGAGCUUUUACUCAAUUAAAGUCUACAGGAGAAGACUACUGCAUGAUAUAUAAAAUGCAGAGACAAUAUAAUUAUUUAAUCCAAACGUUUGUAUAAGUAAUGGAAUCAAAUUCUUCUGUACACGAUCAGGAUGCAUUACGGUUUAUAAAUCUAUAAACAAAACUGACAAAUUUAAAAUAUUAGUAUAAUCAAAUCUUUAUAAAAAUGUCCCCUGUGUACAGCUGUACUUUUCAAGGUUAAACUGUCAUGCACUGUAUCUCAUCAACAGGUUUGUUCAGUUGAAUUGUCAUCUCUUAAAUUGCAAACUGUAGCACCCCUGAUUUCCAUGGACAAUGAAAGAAAGUUCGAAAUGACUCUGUGAAUGUGAGAGGCAAGAAAACAGCUUCAUGUACGGUGUGGGGCUGCUUGUAACAAGAAAAGAAUGGAUCUCAAAAGGGCUUUCAUGUCUGGUGGA